GGUGGACCCUGUGGAGUGCUCGCUGCUGUACAGGCGUUUGUCCUCAAGCAUUUGCUGUUUGGCGGAAAGAAAGGGGACUCUAAAAAGUACAGUGCGUUUCAGAUACAAGAGUAUAUGAUGUUUACUCAUUUUUUUCUUAGGGUAUCUUUAAAUACCAGGAAAAUGUCUAUUGGUUUUAUGAUUUAGUGUAGAUUGUAAAUAUCGCGCCUUUUUCUUGCAAUAUUCUGUACCAUUGACGUCAUUUUAAAUGGACUCAGAGCGGCUUCCAAUGGCGCCUUUGUAUGCUGAUGUCCGAGCUUACUGUUCACAUGUUAAAAAAUGUUGUAAGAGGGCACGUCUGUUGUCCUUUCAUCCACGACUCUUCAUUCAUUCAUUUUACCGGAUAUCGCAAGCGUUAUCCAAAGUUGGUCAACGCUAGCUGGUUAUGAAGAAUAUUAAAGCUGGGGGAUUUGAGCCAGUCAGAAACGGAGAAAUUGAAUGGCGAUAAUAUUUUUCCCCAUUUCCACUGUCAUUUCCUUUCCUAGUAACAACUUCUGAGAAUAACUCAGCCAUGUCCUUUUUUAUCUGCUGCUCCUCCACGGACGUGGCGGUUAUGGAAACUAUUUUUUUUUAAUCUUUUAAUAAAUCCUAUUUCAUGUCCAUUUUAGGAAACUUCAGCCUUCUUCCAGCGAAAGAAUCAAAGCUCUUACAUCAGCAAUUAGUGAAAUAUUAUGGAGGGCUGGUGACAGCAGAGGUGCAGUAGUCGCCUUGUAAGUUACUGUCGAUUUUAGUUUAUGCAUUAUUUAAAAAAACGAGCAGGAGUGUUGUGCUGAGUUUGAAACACGAGGCGCUGCCCUGAGUGAUGUGUCGAUAUCGAGUGAUUGUCAUCGGGCACUCCACUCUGCUCAAGGUGGCCUCAGCCGAGUCGCAUAUCUGGACUGUCAGUGCCGGUAGUCUUCUGGUCAGCCAUAAUAGUGACUUUAAGAUCCAACGACGCGGACGGCAACGCAAAAGUAGAAAAAACAAUAGGUUUUAUCAUUGAACAAGCUGACGAAAUUUUCUCUCUUUCUGAACAUGGUUAUGUUCCCUAGGAAUUCAACUCCAGGAGGGUUCGCCUACAUUCCACAAAGUAAGAGGGUAAUGAUUGCGAUAAAGACUGAAAGAACGCAAAUUCACUUUUUAAGCGACGUUCUCGUUGCCGUCGCGUCGUUGGAUCUUAAAGUCCCUAAUGGUAGCCUGCGUCGCAGACAUAAUCUUAUCGCAGUUAGUAACGUCUGCGAAGCAGCCCCGAGGUUCUUGUUCGACGCUCCAAACGGACCUAAUGAAUCAGUUAUCGGAAGGGCGUUCGGAUUUUCCUUCAAUUCACAACCCGAACAGGCCAAUCACGGCGAGUACUCAAUCCUGGUACACAGUAGGGGCCCAGAAGGCUCUGAAGUCCAACCAAGAUUAGUUUGCGAGGCGCUCUGGCACAGAAAGUUGUUCUGCUCAGUGUGAUAUCUUGAACUAGAUAGCGACCUCGCACGAUUUGACUACGAAUACGAAUUUUCGAGUACCAGUGAAUCUUUAGAAUUCCCAACUUCUUUUAUCCUCCGAAUUAUAACCCUUUCAUGUUGCUAACCAGAUCGGUGUUUAUAUGUUACUUAAUUAUAAUUGACACAGGAAGUUGGUUUGAAAACUGGCAAAUGUACUUGUACUACAAUCUAAGGGUGCGGCCCGUCCCGAUGACAAACGCCAAAAGUCGAGCCUUUUGGUACGUAAUUUUACCGUUCUCUGCGUAAAAAUUGCUUUUGCUGAAUGUGGCGAACUAUUGAGUGGGUGACCACAAGACGACGAAUGUUCCCUCCUGUUUUUGAUCGUUUUUUGAUCGCUGAAGCGAUCAAAAGUUGUUUUCGCUGUCGUCGUCGUCAAUGCUUAAGCUCUUCGAAUUACUUCACUUGAGACCAUCGUAAUAGAAAACAAAACCAAAAUAAAACAUCAAACACAAAAAAUCAAUAACAACAAGCAAGACAUGGCCUUUGGUUUUUCCUUUUAUGGGGUUGUUAGUUUUGCUCUUACAACUCAAAAUUAAGUCAGUCACUUCACAUCCUCUGAUUCAUUUCUCACGCCCCAAGAAUAGCGUCGCUUGAAACAAAAAUCGUUCAACAUCUUUGCGGAUGGAGCAAUCACCAAAUCAAGUAACACAAAAUAUCGAAAAGACACCUUAACUCGGUAGCUACAAUAAUUUCGACAACACCAGAAGUUACAUCCCAUUUAGUUAAUUCUCACAAUUUUAUUUCAGACCUACUGGUGGUUAUUAUGUUUUUGGUGCUGGGCGAUACAAACCGGACCAGUUAACAGAAGCGGUAAGUACUGUAAUUUCCCAUAAGAUAACCCGACGCCUGCCCCCUGACAGAACGUUUUAAAGCAAGAUGGGACAUUUCACGCCAAAAUGACUCGAUCGUGACAUUUUUACGGGAAAAUAGGGGGCCUGCACUGUAAACAGUGUUGCACUUGUAUUGAGAAGUCACUUUCCUCUUCGUCAAGGGUGCCUUCGUAAUACAUGUUUGGCUUUACUGAAAGAGAUCGGUCUCCGCAAUAGUGUUCGCAUUAAACCUCUUUAACGAAUAUUGUUCAUGGUGGAUGUGAGAUUUGCAGGUAGACUGUUUUUACUGUAAUUGCUGCCAUAAUGCAGUAAUGGUAUUUUGUUCCUACACAUUUGCUCAGGGGAUUCUGCUCAGGGUAGAUUUUAGCUGUUCAAACCUGGGUUAAGAUGGCAAAAGGAAAGAGUGAAGUCUGAAUUCAGGUUUGAAAGCUAAGAAACAUGGAAAAUUCAGUUAAAUUCUUUUUGUCUACACACUGAUGAUUGCAUACUCAAAAAAGAAUAGAAAAAAUGUUUCUGAGAAAAUGCUUUAUUUAAAACGAAAAAGAAAGCGAGAUAAAAAUUUAACCCCGAGUUUGCUCUAAUCGGCCUUCGAACACCUGGGCCCUGCAAUGAAAGCGAUUGCCUCUUUGUUAUUAAAUUAGACAAGACAUGCCCAACUGAUGUCCAAACGCAGUUAAGAUUUCGCUGAACGUGGGCCAAUUUUAGUUGGACUUUGUUCGAUGACCAACUAUUAUUUGCAGCCCUGCACGAUUGAUAAAAAUGGGCCUUGUUUGUUUUCUUACAUCAGGCUAUUUUUUCUGUUGUACUAAACUUGCAGUUUUGUAAUUGUGAGUUAAUUGCAUGUGGUGACUUUUUUUCUGUAUUCCACAGCUUGUGUUAUACACCUUCAAGUCUUCUGAAAGUCUUCUUAGUUUUAUCUCGCAAAAUAUAUUGCAGGUACGUAGCAUUCUUACUAGGUUACUCUAUUCUUACCUGUUGUAUGUCUGUACAAUUAGCAAUUAUUGAAUGAGCCUGGAUAAGGUGAUUUUUAUUUCUCCUUUUAACGAGGUACCGUAGCUUACCUUUUAACCAUUGUAUCUGUUUGAUAAUGUUGCUUUAAAAGGAUUAUUUUAUUAAGCGUAAAUUAUUAGUGAAACGAUUACUGAAGUCAGUUUACUUAACAACAAAAGUGGUACUUUAUCUGCCACCAACGACAAAUCGCGAUAUUUCCAAGUGCUUGGCCUUGUCCGAUAAAUGCUUAUUGCUUGGAAACAAAGCCGAAAGAUAGCGGUCUGUAAUAUGCCCCUUCAUUCUCAAUGGAGCAAAUCAGAAGAGGGGCGUUUGCUUGCUGCUUAUGGCUCACUUGCACCAACAUUGCCAACGUGACGUCAUGGAAGGUCCUUAUUAGGCUUGUUCAAUCCAGUUAUUCCGACCGUAAUCCUAAACAUGACUUUCAAUGGACAGAUUUGUUGGACUGAAUACAGUUACAGUCGACCGAAUGACAAAACGUCGGUAUCGUCAGUCUAAAUAAAAGGUGUUUAGACCGCGUCUCCAAGUUAAGCGAUGUAUCGUUUUUCAGUGCAUCUGGUUUGCCAAAUUUUCGUCGUCCAAUUCCCGUAUCACUUUGGUAAUUUCACCCUAGAUCUCCAUUUCGUUUGCCACUAAAUUUUCGGAUCCCGAAAAGCCUACUGAGGACCCACCCCGGAGGGGUAUCUCAUAUGAAAGGGGCGGGGAUACUCGCCGGGAAUUUUGAAUUACACCCCUAAAGGAGACCAACCUGGGCGUGGCCCAACCUUAUUUUGACCCCUAAAAGAGACCAUUUUAAAACAGAGACAUUUUGUUACAAUAAUCUUUAGGUAUUGAUGUUAUACUGAGAACUUUGAUUACAUGAAUCGAGUAUAUUGAAAAUAUAUAAUUUUGUUUAUAUUUCUUGUUUUGCCUAGAACAUCCUAAGUGAGACCAAAAUCCGAAAUUUGCACCCUCUAGUUCUUCUUCAGCGUCAGGCGCUUGCCGGUCUAAAAUUACAAUGGGUUACUAGAAAUGUUAUCACAGGCAUAUUAACAGCUUAUACUAUAAGAGCCAAACGUAAUCCUAAAUUAUGUACUUUCCGUAUUACUGCAUCUCGUCUAGAAAUAAAUCCACUUUUUGUCCAUUUUCAGUUUGAGUCUGAUAGUAGCAGUGGAUGUAUUUUACUGUUGUAUUCUGUCAUAUUGUCCAGGUCAAUACGAAAGUAAGUAUUGCUCUAGUAAAUGAUAUUUAACCCUUUAAGCCCUAAUAUUCACAUACAAAUUCUUCAAACUAAUACUAGAUAUUUCCUCAAAGAAUUAGUUGAGAGAAUGUGAUAUAAAAAAUCAAAGCAUUUUCCUUUCAAUGAUCAUUUCUUUAAUUCUCAUAACCUUUAGUCUUGAUUUGUAUCGAUAUCGUGGGGAGAAAGUUGAUGUUGGUCACUCUUGGGACUUAUAGGGUUAAAUGAAUGAUUUAGAUGUAGCGUAUCCACAUGGUUGUUCUUCGUCUACCACUCCUGAUAAGGAUUGCCAUUUAGUGCCGGGGGGCGGCCAUUUCCCCCGGCUGUUAUGAGUAUGACCCCUGGCCACUUUCUUAGGACACAAAAGGAAAUAGAACCAAAGAACCUCCUAGCUGUUAAAUCCCCGCCUUCUAAUAAGUGCAUAUGCAUGGCACAUUGCUUAUCUUGUGACUUACGUUGCAUCUCAUGCUGGCAUUUUGAGCUGAUCUUUGCGGAUCAGGUGUUUUAUUCCAAUCUUUGCGGAUUCUGGCUCCCACCCCCUCCCUCCCCUUUUUGGGUUUGUCCGUUGGUAAGUAUGGGGUCAGGUGAAUAUUUUCCACUGAAUUUCCUUCAGUGUGACGGUGCCAGUUGGCGGCUGCAUGCAGGGGUGGUUCCCGCUUGCAGGGUUGCCAUGGAUACCUCCUUGCUAUGUCUGAGGCGCUCAGGCUCCCGUCCAACCAUUAAGGCACCAGUUCUCAAGUUCAUCUAUUGGCGAUGAGUUUAACGGCAAAUAGUUGACUAGGGGCAAAGAAGUAUCAAUGUCAGUAGAAAUCGAGAGUAAGCCUUUGUGUUAUAAUUUCGAGAAAAAUAAUCUGCUAGUAUUAUAUUGCAAGUUUAAUGUAAGGGAGUUUCUGGUGAUUUUUAUCAAGUAUUUAGUGGCCUUAAACUUUUCUUGUUGUUGUUGUUUAAGAGUGAUAUCUGAUAUGGAUGAACCUCAAGGCAGGCUGAUGGGUGCUCACGGCUACUGCACGCAGGUUAGAUUUUCAAUGCAGUACCUGUAUACUAAAAUCUUUUCAUUUACGGGUAUCACUCUGACGACGACGACGAGGAUGAUGAUGAUGAUGAUUUCCCCGACGUUAAUCUUAAAUGGAAUGGAUAGUCUUUGUAGGUUAUGCCUUCGCGUGCCUAUUUAUUUUAAUAGAAUGUUCAAUAUUAUAAUUUUUUUGUAUGUCUGCUAACACCAUUCUUAGCGCAGUUUUCCCAGGUGCGGUGGUAAGGUGUUCCCUUAGUCCCUUGAUGUAUCAUACAAGUGUUUGUUACUUUGUUUGGUUGUCUGUUUCCGUCUUUCUUUCGUUCUUUCUUAAUAGCUGAAAUUUCGUCCAGUUUGAGUUUCUUUUUCAUUAAUUGCAGCAAAAGUCUCAUUCUCGUUCUUAUUACAUGUAUUGUCCUUUACAGGAACUGGUGAACUUGUUAAUAACUGGAAAGGCUGUCUCAAACACAUUCGAUAACAUCAUGGAAGUUGAUACAGGGGGUUCGAAAAAGGUGUAGUAUUUAAGACGAUGUCAUGAAGGAUAUUUUUCAUCGUGGUUAAUGUGUUUAAAGGGUUCCGUUUAUCGUUUGUCCCAAGAUUGUCACUACUGAUCGCUACUUACUUAGGUCCUCGUCAGGCGAUAAAGUUGAUUUCCUGAGUGAGACUGUUUGUACCCCACCCCCAUGGUUGUUAAUGAUUCGUGUACAGUCACCUACGUUUUACGGACACCUCGCGAAUUCGGGACACUUUCUAUGGCUCCCUUAGUGUCUGUAUUCACGCGGUUUGGCUGUAUCACGCACCUAAAGCGAUUUUUACUGAUAUGUGAAAAUUUUCCUUGUCCUCGGAGAAAAAAAGCCCUUACUUUUUCUCUUAAUUCAACCCGUGUAAUACGAAUACCCCGUUAAUACGGACACUUUCUAUGCCCCCCUUAGAGUCCGUAUGUACGGGGUUUCACUGUAUCACGAACCUAAGACGAUUUUCACAUGUGACAGUUUUCCUUGUCCCUGGAGAAUGAAAGCCCUGAGAUUUUUCUUAAUCAACCCUCCUAAUACGAACACCUCGUUAAUACGAACACUUUCUAUACCCCCCUUAGAGUCCGUAUGUACGGGGUUUCACUGUAUCACGAACCUAUUGAAGAUUAUUUUCAGUAAUAUGUAAAACGGAAUUACAACGAUUCAGUGUGAUACAACCCCAUCAUCUCGAGAAUAUCUGAAGGAAUUCCCCUUAUUCUCUGCAACUGCUGAUGCCUCUUAGUUUCUUUAAACAUUCUGUUUAAUCUUUCGACGUGAACGUCUUAUAGUAAGGUUUUUUGCUUCCCUAUGAAUGCUAACAUUUACCGAUUUUUUUUUUUUUUAGAAUGUCUUCAAAGGGAUAGAUAAACAAAGUGAGAUCGGGUUUCUGUCCUUAUUUGAACAUUACAAAUCAUGCGAGGUUGGUGAUGACUAGAUAUAUUAGCGAGCUUAAGCAACGGUGACGGCGACGGCGACGGCAACGAGGACGGGAAAAAAGCAAUAGGUUUAGAGCCUGUUUACAUGGAGGUGGGGGACCCCAGGUAGGGGAGGUAACCCGCUUAGGUCGGGUAACCCACCUCUCCAUAUAAUCUCCCAUUUUAAUUUGAUCACGUUUACAUGAUAGGUGGGGUGACCCGCUGUAUGUUACCUCACCUAUCUGGAGUCCCCCACCGCCAUGUAAACAGACCCUUAGAUUCGCAAAACAAUACGCUUUUUUGUGCAUUUCUUCGUCGUCGUUGCACGACUACAAUGUGAAGGUGUCUAAUUUCACGUUUUGUCGAGGACGAGAACAUGCGACUUUCUUUUCCUGUACUUUGAUACAGUCCUUUAGAAUUCAACUACAAAAAAUUUGCCAACAUUUGACGAGUUAAACGAGAUGCUAUAAGCGCGAUAAAAUUUGAGGCAACGCGAAUUCACUUUUCAGGUGACUUUUUCGUAGUCGUUGUUGUCGUUGUUGCUUAAGCUGCCUAUUUCUUUGUGUAGAGAGGAAAGAAGGGGGGCGAGGGUGUGAUGAAAGGGGCCGGGAGGUGCUUACCCACUGUCACCGUCUUUAGGGAGUUUAAGCAGCUACGUUUUUGAGCGACGCAUGUCAACCGGAAGUGAAUUUUUUUUUCUAUGUGCCUUUUCUCUUAUGUGUUCAAAAUCACGGCUCAAGAGUGCAAAAAGUACACUUCCGAUUGACGUGCGUCGCUCAAAAACGUCGCUGCUUAAAUUGCCUUUUAUUUUUCUGCACACCUCCAAGGCUGCUUCCUGUUCCUCCUAGUUUAAGUGGAACAGAACUCGUUGUUCUUCUUUAAUACAUUGAGGCAAACCUUAGGGUGGAGCUCCCGUCCAUAAUAGUGGACCUUGGAAAUGAACAGACUGUUAGACGUUUUCGUAGCCGUCGCCGUCGCCGUCGCCGUCCUUGUUGCUUGUUGCAGGCAUUAACUCGUCUGGAUAGAGCCAAGCUCUGUAGAUAGGCUGGUUGACAUACGUUGGUUUACAACGUCCCGAGUAGAAAAUAGAGGCGCCUGAAACAAUCCAGAUUAUUAUAUGGAAAUCAGGCUUAAGGUUUAACCCUUUAUGUCCCACGGGUGACCAACAUCAAUUAUCUCCUAACAAUAUUUGUACAUUAUCAAGAGACCGGGUUAUGAGAAUUAAUAAAGUCAUCACUUAAGUGAAGAUGCUUUGAUCUUAAAUCAUAUUCCCUCAACUUGUUUUUCAAGGAAAUGUAAGGAGAUCAGUGUGAGGAAUUUUUAUGUUGAUAUUGGGGCUUAAGGUUUAACCGGCGUAUAGUUCAAAGGAGCAGUUUUGCUACCCUGCAGAACAGGCGUUAUUUUUCGCGUUUCUCAAACAAACUGCUGUGAUAAACAUAUAAGGAAAUAUAAACGCAUUUUUGUUUAUCACCGCUGUUUGCUUUUUGUUUCUUCUUCAGCUUAAAUGGCCAAACAACAUGAGUAUCUACGAUGUACUGACAAAAUUCAUCAUUUCAUUUGUUACAGGUUGGUGUGAAUUACAAGACUCCCAAUUAUCCUAUUUGGGUGAUAUGCAGCGAGAGUCACUUCAGUGUCUUGUUCUCUAUCGACAGAAACCUCUUGGACGACUGGUAAGCUUAUAAUGACUAGUAAAUGGCCGUAUUUGCACUAGAAACGGAUUAUCCGUUGGAUAAUUCGCGUCAGACAGAUAAUACGUCUUAGUUUUGGAUGGACAAUCCACCUGACUUCAUCCAUCUGUAUUUCCUUCAAUUUUGACGGAUUUUCAAGAUGGAUUAUCCGUUUGAGACGGAUAAUCCGUCUCCAGUGUGAAAACAGCCAUUGAUACUAGCCAAUUUACGGCAUUUGAACUUAUCAGCCUGUUUUUAUUCUUCCUAAAGACUUCUAUUCUUUGAUGUUGUCACUGAAAGCCAUUUAUGUAGUAAUGAGGAGUUUUAUUCCUUCCGUUUUGUUAAAAACACUGAUGGUGUAAAAGGGAUGCUACGUCCUGGUCACUUAUAGUGCUUUACCGAAGCGUUAGAAAAUUACGUCUAUCAGCGACCAGUUUAAAGGCAAAUGAUGAUGGUCGGACACCAACUGUAUGAAGGAGUGGGAAACUGUCCACUUACCCCUCCCCUAAGCCAACAUUAACACUUACUUCUCACUUAGGGCAAAAUGUUGGCUCAGGGGAGGGGUAGGUGGGCAGUCUCCCAGAAACGUAUAAUGAUCAGAUCAAAGCGUGCAAACUCAGAGGCAACGUUUUGGUAUCGAGGUUUCUCGGUUACUGACCACCUACCCCUCCCCUAAGUCGACGUUAACUUUUAUUUCUCACUAAGGGUAAAAUUGUUACAUAGGGGAGGGGUAGGUGGUCCAAGCUUUGGGCACCUCCAAGGGAAAUUGGACCCAGAGUACUCUUGUUAGACGCUUAUACUAAGCUUAGCAAGCCAUGGUGCCCACACCACCGAGGCUUCUCCCAGUCUCUUCAGUAUGAGAAACCUGGGUGUAAUGCUUUCCUCCCCCGCCAUCUCUCCCGCUAGGAAAGGAAACUUCUGCAUGUGGGCUAUCGCAGGGUUACCGCUAGCAGUAUGUCGCCGGGUUCCGUUAAUACACAUGAGUGAGGAGAGACAACGUUAAGGAAUGAACGCGAUGGCAGGGCUUGAAACCUGAACUACGGAUCCGAAGCCAGAGGUCCUUGCUGGCCGGAAGUCCUAGUCAUAAUUGUUGAAGCACUCGCGGAUUUCUUCGCCCCUUCCGCUUCAAUGAUUAUACAAAAAAGUCCAAGCAAUCUCUUAAAACCAACACUGGGAGAAGGAGACCUCAAGGGAAUCGGAGCUUGUAUUCGUGGAAUGACUUGGUUUAUCUUGUUUUUUCAAGAUUAUGAUAGUGAUUGCAGGAUUGGAUGUGUGGAUAAUGUGCUAUCUAACUGCAAUAUAGGAGUCGAUGUAGGCUCUAACGAUUGAUUGUUUGUUUGAUUGAUUGAUUGAUUGAUCGAUCGAUUAAUUGAUUGACAUACACAGGAGGUUAGAGAAGAAGUUUGAUCUUUAUUACUAUGAUGGUCUGGCACGGCAGGAUGAGGAGUUAAGAUUGACAGUUGGUGAGUAAGCAUUACUUCCUCUAAACUGCCAUAGUGUAAGCUAUAUGGUCUUGCUUGGGUACAUAGCUGUUACAGGCUAGCUAAUGGCCUAGAAAAAAGAUACUUCAAGGUCAUGAAAAAGUCAGGGAAGUUAUUUUGAGUCAGGAAAAAUUGAAAUACUUAACAAAAACUAAGGGAAAAUUGAAAUUUUAAUUCCACGGGUUAAAUACCAUUAAUAUGGAAAAACGCAUUUCAGGUUAAUAUAAUCUCAGAGAUGUCUUUUGUUGAUGAAAUUACGAUAGCGUCCCUGUAAUAUGUAUGACAUCAUCUCAUUUCAACUGAAGCCUCCUUUUUCAUGAAAGAAAGAUAAAAAGGCGUUUUGCAAAUAAAAACAAGAAGAAAAAAAAGAAAAGAAAAAAAUCAACACUAUGAAAGCGUAUUACAAAACGUACAUUUUAGGUGCCUGAAAAAGCCGUUUAAUUGUGGACGGCAGAAGACUUAAAACGGAGAAAAAAAUGGUUUCAAAAAUAUUCGGAUACGUGUGGACGGAGCCUUUAAGUAAUUUCAUCUUUCUCUUGAUAAAGAUACAACAAAAGAAUGCCCAGAAUACAAGGACACUGAUCUUGUGCCUCCACUGGAACACUGCAUACGAACAAGGUGA